GGGCCCAGAGUCCUCUGCUUUGGCUGACUUUAAACACUUCUCAGCUUGCUGCCGUUUCUCUGGCCUCUUUAGAAGACAUUUAUUCUCUUUUCGUUGGUUGAUUUUUUUUAUUUUUUAUUUGUUUGUGCAGAAAAUAUGAGCGUGUGAGUCUGGAAACAUGAGGCGUUCACUGCUGCUUCUUCUGGGGCUUCUGGUCCUUCAUCAGAGCGGCUGCUUUGAGUUUGUGAUAGACGGAGAAUGGGAGGAUGAAGAGCCAGGCGAUUACGAUCAUCAGGACAGACACAAGAGAGCAACGCUGACCAGCGAGGAGGAGGAAGACUUUCAGGCCAUCCGAGGAGAUGACAUCACCGUGAAGAGCUACAGGGUGGAGAGCCGCAUCACUUCCCGCUUUGCUCACACCACCAUCAGAAGCUCAGUGAUCAACUCCGACUCCAGAGCUCAGAGCAUUGGCUUCAGCAUGCAGAUUCCCAAACGGGCGUUCAUCUCUAACUUCACCAUGAAUGUGAAUGGCAUCACGUUUGUAGGCUCGGUGAAGGAGAAGACCGUGGCCAGGAGACUUUAUGCCCAGGCCACAGCCAGAAACAAGGCAGCAGGCAUCGUCAGGGCUAAUUCCCAGGACCUGGAGACCUUCAACACGGAGGUCCACGUUCCUCCUGGCAGUAGCAUUGAGUUUGAGCUCCACUACCAGGAGAUGAUGGAAAGAAAACUUGGUUUGUACGAGCACUUUCUGUAUCUGGAGCCUGGGAGGCUGGUCCCACAGUUCCAGGUGGAUGUGUACAUCUAUGAACCGAAGGGAAUUUCAAAGAUAGAAACAACAAACACGCUUGGAGAGCAGUUCACAAAGCUGAUUAAAGUUACAUCCACCAAAGACAAGGCUCAUGUUGUGUUCAAGCCAAACUUACAACAGCAGAGAAAAUGUGAAAACUGCACCGGCAGCGCCAUCGACGGUGUCUUUUCUGUCAAAUACGAUGUGACCAGAGACAGUAACGCCGGGGAGCUGCAGGUUUCAGACCUUCAUUUUGUUCAUUUCUUCGCUCCUUCAAACCUCUCCCCGCUUCCUAAAAACAUUGUUUUUGUCAUCGACGUCAGCGGGUCCAUGUGGGGGGUCAAGAUGAAGCAAACCGUGGAAGCCAUGAAGGCUAUUCUGGACGACUUAAACAUCGAAGAUCGCUUCAGCAUCAUUGACUUCAACCACAACGUGCGCUGCUGGAGCGAGGACCUGGUCCCUGCUUCGUCUCUGCAGAUCACGGAUGCCAAACGAUACAUCCAGAACAUCAAGCCCAAUGGAGGAACAAACAUCAACGAGGCGCUUAUCAGAGCAGCUCAGAUGUUGGUGAGGGCAUCCAAUCAAGGCUUCAUCGACUCCAGCUCUGUCUCUAUGAUCAUCCUGGUGUCUGAUGGAGACCCCACCGUUGGAGAGAUCAAACUCAGCAAGAUCCAGAAGAACGUGAAGCGAGUGAUGACGGAGGAGUUUUCUCUCUUCUCGCUGGGCAUCGGCUUUGACGUGGACUAUGACUUCCUGGAACGUAUCGCCAUGGAGAACAGGGGCAUGGCCCAGAGGAUCUACGCCAAUCAUGAUGCCGCCGAGCAGAUUCGGGCCUUUUACAGCCAGGUGUCCUCUCCCCUGCUGAAGAAAGUCACCAUCCACUUCCCAGAGGGCACUGUGACCGAGGUCACCCAGAACUACUUUGAUAAGUACUUCAGCGGCUCAGAGCUGGUGGUGGCUGGGAAGGUGCAGCUUUCGGAGAGCAACACGCUGACCAGCAUCACCUCAGCAUCGGCUGCCAGCCUGCAGUUCUCUUUGCAGACAGACGCUGAUAUGAUGGAGCUGGACACGGAGCUGGCCAAACAGCAGCACUCAUUUACUGGCUUUGCCAAACAGAUGUGGGCUUACCUGACCGUCAAACAGCUGAUCAGGGAAAGGUCACUGGCUGCAACAGUUGGAAUAAAGAGAAGAAUUACCAAGCAAAUCACGGACCUGGCUUUGCAGCAUAGCUUUGUGACCCCGCUCACCGCUCUGCUGGUGGAGAGUGAGGACGGCACGGAGAGGCUGCUGGCUGAUUCGCCCAGGGACCCCCGGCAGGGAUGCUGCACAGGUGGACAAGCUCUGUCUGGGCCUGUUAAAGUAGUCUACACCAGUGCACCGUCCUGGAUCCAAUUCUCCACUUCAGCUCCUUCAACCCAGCAUCAGAGAGGUCCAGAGGUGGAAGCUCUGCCUAGUAAAGUUAACAUAGUGGACAAUGACCCUCACUUCAUCGUCCAUCUGCCUGGAAGCAACAUGGACAUCUGCUUCAACAUCAUCUCCAAACCGGGUCACAUCCUCAGCCUGGUGUCCGACACGGGAACAGGUGUCGUCGUGAACGGUCAGUUAAUCAGCUCCAAGCAGCCUCGCAAAAGCAAACUCAGCACCUACUUUGGCAUCAUCUCAGUCUACUACCAACCUGAAGGAGUCAGCGUGAUGGUCAGCACCGACCAGAUCACCAUGACUGAUGGCAGAAACAGCCACUCCUUCACCUGGGGGGCCACAGCUGAAAUCACACAGGAUGGCGUGAAGAUCUCCAUCGUGAAGAACUCCCAUGUCUCCGUCACCAUAAACAACAGCAUCCAGGUGAUGGUGUUGCUUCACCGCGUAUGGAAGAAACAUCCAGUCAACGUGGACUUCCUGGGUAUCUACAUUCCCAAUGACAACCAGUAUUCACCACUGGUCCAUGGACUCAUAGGGCAGUUUUCUCGAGAGCCUGAGGUGAGCAUGUACGACAUCCAUGAAGGGCCCGACCCCCUGAAGGAGGAGGCAACCAUGGAGGUGAAGGGCAACACACUGCGGGUCACCAGAGGCUGGCAGAAGGACUACAGAGAUGACAAGAAGCGUGGUUCCAACAUCUACUGCUGGUUCAUCCAUAACAGCGCCAAAGGCUUCAUCGACGGCCAUUAUACAGACUACAUCCUGCCAGAUCUUAACAGCUUCCUUCAGACAGUCUGAGCUCCUGCUGCAGUUCCCCGAGCUGAGAUUCUCCCCCAAACAGAACCAGACAACAUGAAAUGUAUCUACAUGUUUUAAUCGUUCUUCCACAGAACCAAAUUUAUGUGAACAAAAUGUACAUUUUCAACCAUGAAAAAUGUCAACAAAUUAAAAACAAUCCCACCAAAUA